UGUCUCUCCCUUUCCUCACUCUCGUUUAUUUUCCGAUUCUAUUUGCUCUCUCUGUAUCUAUCAAUCUGUCUAUCAAUCUAUCUAUCUUGCUUUCUUUCUGUUUUGUUUUGCAGCAAAAAGAAAAUAAUAAUCAUCUUGCUUCGGUUUUUAACUUUAUUUAUUUGUUAAGCUUCGUUUGACGGUGCUACUUUUCAAUAUAUAUACACCCCCCACACAUACAUAUAUCACCCUAUAUAUACACCUUGACUCUGCUAAUAAAUAAAACAGAGAGCGAGACAGGUUUAGGUUUCUUAUAGGGAGAGAGAAAUGGAGGGAAGAAAGCAAACUGGGUCGUCGUCGUCUUCCUUCACUUCUGAGCUUUUCGGGUCGAAGGAGUCAUCUGCUUCUUCUGGGAUUUUUGGGGCCAUAUUUGCGCCUUCCUCCAAGGAUUUGGUGUUAGGGAGGGAAUCUGUGCGUUCAGAAUUCACUGGGAAAAAGCCCUCGGAUGAACCAUUGCACUUCAAGCCCGGAGAUCAGCCAGAUGGUGCCUCUAAAGAGAGCGAAGGUGAGAGUAAGAGCAUAUCAAACAAGGACAUAAUAAACUCCAUCUAUAGGGAUCAGAGAGUGCAACAACCUUGCCAUCUCAGUUCAUCAAUCUAUUAUGGUGGCCAAGAUAUUUAUUCUUAUCCUCAGAGUACCCAGAGCCCCGAAUAUAACUCUACGUACAAGAAAGAUGGGACCGAGGAUGAUUCGGGAAGUGCUUGUAGAGGAAACUGGUGGCAAGGUUCCCUCUAUUAUUAAGUGCUCCUUUGCCGAGGCUUAUACUCGUCAAGAUAUAUAGGAAGGAAAUAGGGUAGCAGCAGGUGAUUGUGGACAGCUGGUUUGUUUUCCUCCAGCCCCCAAACACAGUACUCAUAUAUAUAUAUAUAUAUAGAGAGAGAGAGAGAGAGAGAGAUAAGUGCGCACCUUCUUUAGGUUCUCUGUAAAGUACGUACUCUCUGCUACUGUAAAGGAUGUUUGGUUUAGUGACUUAAUUAACCUCAACUGCUGUAAUGUAGUUGAAGAUUUGGAUGUUAUUUUAGUUUAUGUUAAAUGAAUGGUUUGUACUUUUAAUUGCA